GAUGUUUGGUUGUUAACGGCUGUUUUGUGUUCUUUGAAGUUGUUUUGGUUUCUAGUUUACUUUUAGGUUUCUUUUUUAACUGAUUUCCACUUUUAAGUAAUAUGAGUAAUAGUGUACCACUUUUUGCGUGUUCGAAGUGUUUCUCUAAACAUCCGUUUGAAGAACUUUCGUCUGGACAGCAGUUAUGUAAAGAUUGUAGAGGUUCUUUUCCUAUAGUUAAAUGUACGUAUUGUAGGUCAGAAUUUCAACAAACUAAUAAAUUAAGUACUAGUACAAUAUGUAGCAAAUGUGAACACAAUGUAAAACAGUUUGGUAAACCUUCUGCCUGUGAAUAUUGUAACAUUAUAGCAGCUUUUAUUGGUAACAAAUGUCAACGAUGCACUAAUUCUGAAAGAAAAUAUGGACCACCAGUUACAUGUGAGCAGUGCAAGCAAAAAUGUGCUUUUGAUAGAAAGGAUGAUGACAAGAAGGUGGAUGGAAAACUUCUUUGUUGGCUGUGCACAUUGUCAUUUAAAAGAGCAUUGGCAAAAACAAAACAAUCGGAUGCAGACAGAAGAGCCCAGUUAAAACUUGCUGCUCAGAGGUCAAAUAAAAAUCGAGAAAAUAGAUCUUCAAGAGGUAGUUCAACAAAUAACAAAAGAUCGGCUAAUAAUCGGUCAGAUCCAGCUAAGAUAGAAACUGGAUUAGAAGUAUUGCCACCUGUGGCCAAAGCCAUGAGGAGUAAUCGUCCUCCAGGUGAUCUUGUAGACCCCAACUCUUCUGACCAUGUUGUUGCAAUGACACAGCUAAAAGAACAAAUGGCGUCACUCCAAAAACAAAUUUGUCAAAAAGACGCCUUAUUACUUACAAAAGAUAAAGCAAUAACAGAAUUAAAAGCUAAACAUUUUACCAAUGAAACUGAAUUAAGGAACAAAAUGCUGAAUACGGAGCGAGAAUUCGAGAAGAAAGUAGAAAUGUUGUCUUCCAAAAUCAAGCAAUUACAAAAAGAAGUUGCUACAUUAUCGAAAGCUAACAAAAACAAGAAUAAUGCCCUAUCUAGUGGUGCUGGAAGUGGUGGCAGUGGAACAGAUAGCCCCCUACCUUAAAACUGUCUCAUUUAGGUUUAGUUAUUAUUCAAGUGGAAAUACAUGGAUAUCUCAGUUGUUUGAGGAUAUAUUUUGGUCCAACAGAUUUUUAGACUAGUUUAUCUAAAAAAGAAAAUUGUUCUCAAACAUAUAUGUAUAAUUUUAUCUAAAUGCACAAAGCAGUAUUUUUGUCAUAUGUUUGAGAAUAUAAGUUUAAUUUUAAUAAGCGUAACUAGGACUAAUUAUUUCAGACGAUUGAAAGAUGUGAUUCUCAAGCAUUUUCCGUACCAUAAACAUUGGAUAGAUAAGGUUUUAGUAUUAGUUCAAUUUUAUUUUAUCCUACCAAAGUGUGUCUCAUUAAAACGCUCAUUGUUUUAAAAUACGAUAAAAUAUGUGAAAUUAUAUUUUUGUACUAAUAUGUAAUUUCUUUUCACCCUUCUAAAGUUUUAUCUAUAUUGUCUAAAUGUGAAUAGGACAUUCA